AUUUAGCCGACAAGAGUUACUAUCCUACGUGUCUCUUUAACAGCCUACCAGAAGAAUGAUGAGAAGCAAAUCCAUAGUCAUCAAUUCCAAUUCCAGGAACGAUACUUCCACUACCGCCGCAACGACAGCUCUAAGACGUUCGGCCUCAAACACUACCGCCUCAGCCCCGGUGGUUCGCACAAAUGAUCUUAACAAAACACCCCGACCGCGGUCAGUAGAGUUCCCUGUAUCUCCUCAACUGAUACAAGGUGAAGAGAUGGUCCAUUUCGGACAUCCCCAACACGUGCUGGUCAAAGUUGAGUUGCCGGAUAUCUACACAUGUGCUGGGUGCAAAGAAGAAGGAGCAGGGGUUAGGUAUGUGUGUCAAGAGUGUGAUUAUCAGCUCCACGAGUUUUGUGCUUUGGCUCCUCCUCUACUCAAAUCACACCCUUUUCAUUACCAGCAUCAACUUCUCUUCUUUGCCAAACCUGGAUUCCUCUGCGGAGAGUGCAAGAGAGGUAAGCGAACGGGGAGGGUUUACCGUUGCACCGUCUGCGAUUACCACUUGCAUGCCGUUUGUGCCAAAGACGCCGCCGUGAACGGCCUCCGUGCAAACGGACAUAAAGGGAGGGAUAAGUCUCCGGCGGUUUUGGGAACGGCGGCCAGGUUGGCGUCGCAGGUUGUUAUUGAUUUUCUCGGUGGUAUAAUCGAUGGUCUUGGUGAAGGUGUUGGUGAAGCUAUUAUAGACGGUGUGACUAGAGGUGGUGGUGGUGGCGGCGGCGGAGGCGGAAAUAGCGGUGUUACUAGGGUAAUUCCACGUGUCAGAGGAGGGUAGUUAUGAAGUUUGGGGAUUGUUUGAUGAUUUACUAAUUAUGUGUGUUAAUUAUGCUUUGUAUGUGGAGAUUGCUAGGAGUUGAUAAUGCGUUUGAUAAGUACAUCGAUGAUCCAUGUGCUAGUGUUUAUUGAGUUUUG